AUGAGAGGUGCAAUUUGGGGUCAGGCCUUACUUCUCAUUGCAUUCAUAUUGCCUGUCUACUGCAGAAACAAGGUGAUUUUCAUCUCUUUCGAUGGCUUCCGACACGACUACCUCGAUAUGGCUGAAAGGAAGGGCAAAAAUAUUUCAGCCUUUAAGCACAUCCGUGAUAGCGGUUUUCAAGCUGAAGUGCAAAAUGUGAUGUUGACGCUGACAUUCCCUUCUCACUAUGCUAUGGCGACGGGUCGCACCGUGGAGGAUCACGGUCUGGUGGCGAAUAAGUUCUACGAUCCGGAUCUUAAAAUGUCAUUUUCAUAUAAAAAACCGGAAAGAAAUAUGGAGUCGCCGUGGUUUGAGUAUGCCGGUGCGGAACCGCUUUGGGCCACGAACGAGCGACAUGGAGGUAGGAGUUGUGUCUUCCAGUGGGUUGGCAGUGAGGCGAGAGUUCACGACAAAAUGGCCUUCGCCACCUCCGGCCUCUACACCAGCGAAUUUCCUCUCUACUACCGCAUUGACCGAAUCAUGGAUUGGAUAUCGCGUGACGAAUUCAACCUCGCCAUGAUGUACUACAAUCAACCCGACAGUAACGGUCACAGAUACGGACCCGAUUCUGAUGAGGUGAUGGAUGCUGUAGAGGAAAUUAAUGGUGCUCUUGCCUACCUGUUGCAGAGGAUAGAGCAGAUGCCAUUGCUCCAGGACAGAAUAAACAUCGUCAUUUCCGCCGACCAUGGGAUGACGAGUGUUGACCCAACCAACAAAGUCAUUGACUUAUACUCCAAAUUAAGCAAUAUUAGUCAGCAUAUCAUAUUGGAUAGUUCCUCAGCAACUCUCGGUCUGUGGAGCAACGAUGAGUCAAUAGUUACGAACGAGGACUUGUUUAAACGAAUCAACGGCACCGAACAUCUCAGCGUUUACCUCAAAAAAGAUAUUCCGGAGAGAUAUUAUUACAAGAAGAAUUUGAGAAUUGCACCGCACACUCACAUUCAUUCAAAAAUUUAUGGAGCACACGGCUACGACAACGAGGAGCCCGACAUGCAUCCCUUCAUGCUGGCAAUGGGUCCUGACAUCCCGCAUUUCGCCGACCGCCAACACUUCUACCAGAUCGACCUCUACCCCUACAUCUGUGCGAUGCUGGGACUGGACAAGCCGAACAAGAUCGACGGACUGAUCGACCGUGUGUUUUUGCUUCUUCUUACACUCGUCUGCUCCGCUUACUGCACAAACAAGGUGCUCUUCAUCUCCUUUGAUGGCUUCCGACACGACUACCUCGACAUGGCUGAGAAGGAGGGAAGGAACAUCUCCGCCUUCAAACAAGUCCGUGAAGCCGGCUUCCAAGCGGAGGUGCAGAAUGUGAUGAUAACACUGACAUUCCCCUCUCACUAUGCCAUGGCAACGGGUCGCAAUGUGGAGAACCAUGGCCUUGUGGGCAACAACUUCUACGACGUCACACAGGGCAAAAAGUACAACUAUAAGAAGUCAGAGCGAAACAUCGAAUCGGUAUGGUUUGAGUAUGCGGGUGCAGAACCGCUUUGGGCCACGAACGAACGACACGGAGGUAGAAGUUGUGUCUUCCAGUGGGGGAAAGUCAACAUUGUCAUUUCAGCGGAUCACGGAAUGGCAUAUGUUGAUCCCAAUAAAACCGUAAUUGACUUGUACACUCCACUAAAAAACAUAAGCAGCUACCUCAUGCUGGACCUUUCGCCAGCUACUCUCGGUAUACGGAACAUGAAUGGAAUGCACGGCUAUGACAACGAGGAGCCCGACAUGCAUCCCUUCAUGCUGGCAAUGGGUCCUGACAUUCCACAUUUCGCCGACCGCCAACACUUCUACCAGAUCGACCUCUACCCCUACAUCUGUGCGAUGCUGGGACUGGACAAGCCGAACAAGAUCGACGGACUGAUCGACCGUGUGGUGCCGUUCUUGAAGAACAAGCCGAGUGAGGAGUACCUCCAACAAUUUCGUCUCUACGCUUCUGGUGCCCUCACUCCCUGA